AUGUCGAAGUACGAAAUCAAGGACAAUAAACCGGAUGGUGACUGCAAUGUGCAGCUUACCAAUUUCGAGAAUUCACAUGAAGAUGGUUUAGUUAUACGUAACCCGAUGGUUGACUUUAAUAACCGGCUUAACAGUACUGGGUUUAAUGAGUAUAAAUCUACAAACCGUCCAGUAAUCCACGAAUACGAAGAAUCAUCAAUUGGAACAGAAUGGUUUUGCGAAAGGUUAAAAAAAUCAUUUCGCAAGAAAACAUUAUACAGAAGAGUACCGAUAUUCGAUUGGUUGCCUAAGUAUCAAAAAGAAUUCGUUGUGUGUGAUUUAGUAGCUGGUAUCACUGUAGGAUUGACUGUAAUUCCUCAAGCAAUUGCCUACGCUAAUAUCGCUGGUGUUUCACCACAGAAUGGAUUGUACUCGUCAUUUAUGGCGCCGUUUUUGUAUACAAUAUUUGGGUCAUCGAAGGAUGUAUCGGUGGGUCCAACGGCACUAGCAUCUAUCCUAACACACGAGACACUUUUGCGUGCUCAAGUAAGUCUAGACCAUACCAUUCUUUUGACCUUCAUCUCAGGCCUCGUGUCGUUGCUCAUGGGGAUCCUGCAAUUAGGAUUUCUUAUCGAUUUUAUAUCUGGUCCAGUAUCCGUGGGAUUUACAUCAGCGGCUGCGAUAUUAAUAGCAACAAGCCAAGUCAAAGAUAUUCUAGGAAUCCGCAUUCCUAGUGGAAAAUUUAUUCAUACUUGGCAUGGUGUCUUUGAACACAUUGGCGAGACCCGACUUUGGGAUGCUGUCUUGGGAUUUUUUUGUUUGAUGAUACUAUUCGGGUUGCGAAAAUUGAAUGAUAUUCGAGUAAUAUCAAAAGACACAAAAGACCCUUCAAUAACGCAGAAAGCCAUGAAAACUUUUCUAUGGUUCAUGUCGACUACGCGUAAUAUUAUGGUAGUGAUAUCGGGUGCGAUAUUAGCAUGGAUACUAGAAAGCAAUCUCGGAUCAUCUCCAUUUAUCCUGACAGGACACGUAAAAGAAGGACUGCCGACUUUUCAACCACCACCGUUUUCAGCGCAAAUAGGCAAUCAGACAUACACGUUUUUUCAUCUAGCAUCCGCGCUAGGAUCUGGGUGUUUUGUCGUUCCCCUCUUGAGUAUUCUUGAGACUAUCGCAAUUGCUAAAGUUUUUUCGGAUGGUAAACCAGUAGACGCAUCUCAAGAAAUGUUUGCUCUGGGUGUCUGCAAUAUUGUAUCUUCAUUUUUCCAAUCAAUGCCUGUCAGUGGAGGCCUGAGUCGCGGAGCAGUGAACCAUGCAUCGGGUGUUAAAACAACUCUCGGUGGUAUUUAUACUGGGAUUCUCGUUCUUCUAUCGCUACAAUUUCUUACGUCGUAUCUUUACUACACUCCAAAAAGUGUUCUCGCGGCUGUUAUUAUAGCCGCGGUUGUUUUUAUGGUUGAAUUUCACGUCGCCAAGCCCAUGUGGAAAAGUAAAAAAAUCGAUCUAAUACCAGCAAUUGUGACAUUUGUUUCUUGUCUUUUCGUCGGCUUGGAGUUAGGAGUAAUAAUUGGAAUAAGCAUUAAUUUACUUUUCUUACUCUACGCAUCUGCUAGACCAUCUUUACGUGUCCGUAAGAUCACGAUUCCCGGGGAAUUUGAAUACUUGAUGAUAACACCCGACAGAAGUCUAUCAUUCCCCAGUGUUGAAUACGUAAGAUCAGCUAUGAGUAAGUACGGAACUCGAGAAGGAAUUCACAUGCCUAUUGUAAUCGACGCUACCCAUAUUCAAGCAGCAGACUAUACUGCAGCUCGCGGAAUAAAGAAUAUAAUCGAGGAUUUCGCGAAACGUGGACAACCUCUUAUUUUUUACAAUCUUAAACCAAGCAUCGCAGCCAUCUUCCGAGGUGUCAAGCCCGCACAUAUGAUCAUUUGCUCUAGUGAAAAUGAAUUAAAUCAAAGCUUAAGAGAUACAGCGAGCAUUUCUUCAAUCACUGUGACCCCGUGA